ACUACAGUAAUUGCAGUAAUAAAGGCUAAUUACUGUGCUUUUACUGUCAUUUACUGGAUAUUACUGUUGCAAAGGCAGAUUACUUACUGCAUGGGAUUACUUACUGCAGUAAUUAGGUGGCCAACAAUGGCAGUAAUUGGACAGUAAGGAGCCAGUAACCCGGAUUUACUGCAGUAAAUACCAACCAAGGCUUGUAGAGAAGAGCAUCUGAAAUGAAAGGAGGCAAGCAACAAAUUCGCAACCGAGUUGCACCGUGAUCGAUAUGAGUGAGAGUAACACAUCGGCUUUUGCGGCAAUGUAAGUGUUUCUGUUAAGGCCGAAAGAUUCGGCUAUUGUAGUUUUACCUAAGUACGUGAGAGGGUGCCCUUUUCUACUUCCUCCACUUGUAGAUCUGAGAAACCUUGCAUAAGUAAAUUUGACGCGUCUUUAGAUGGUCGCGUUCACUAAAAGUCCACACAAAGAUCCACCGAAAUGAUCCUCCGAAAGAUCCAACCAUUCAAGCCUUUUUCCAAUUUCCAAUCUCUGUGCCGCUUGCUUUGGUACUAGUAGUACUUUCGUACUUUCUCACAAUUCACUUGAAAGCUCUUUGCAAAGCUCACAAUACAACAACUACAAACUCUGAAACAAAAAAAGAAACAAACAAAAAUGAGUACUAAUAGCCGACCAGGCAUUCGAUUAGUGGAUGAGAUGGAACUAUUGAGCGACAGCCACCACAGCAACGGAUCCUCUUAUGCAUAUGGGCGACGCAGGUCUAGUCGCCGCAGCUCUGCCUCUGAUUUUCAGGACAUGGGCAAGCUAGAGCGUGCCCUUCACGCUACUACCAGUACAUGCAGUACAAGUGGAACGACGGAUGAGAGUGACGCCGAUGUCUCUACGCGAAGGAGACGAAAGUCAGGCAGGACUGCUUCUAGUAGUAGUAGAAAUCAUCAGAGGUCUUCCAACACACGCCGAUCUCGUGUUUCACCUGACCUAGAUGCCUCUGCAUCAGAAUCUAUGGAACAAGAUCAGGAGACUCAAGAUGGUUCAGCAAAAGAAUCCACCGGUAGAACAUCCAAAAAGGGAGUUUACAGAUCACGAUCUCGAGCUGCCACGGAUCAGAACUGGGCCAUCUUUAGAGAAGCCCUUGGAAACAUGGCAUAGCUUACAAGAGCUACCGGUACGAGUAGGCAUAACCAAAG